AUGGACGACCGACAAAAAGGGUUUAAGAACCAGGGCAAGGAUGCCGAUGUUGCACGCAGACAAAGAGCAAAUGAGACAAACACUCUGCGCAAAGCAAAUCGAUUGGAGGCAUUGCUGAAGCGAAGGAAUGUGGGGCCGGGAGUUAUGGAGGAAGCGCCUGUCGACAAAAGUGCACAA